CGUUAAGGCGAAUUAAACGCGGGUUUUACUUUUAGAAUCCACUCAGCUUACGAAUAUAAUAAGUAUAUAAGAUGAUUGCGGAAUGAUUAUUUAAGAAGUUAAAGGGGGAAAAAACCGCCAAAAAAAAGCCAGAGAAGAGGCGAAUAAAUAAAUAAGUUAACAAGUCAAUAAAAUAUGCACUCGGCACAAGUUCAGUCCUGGACCCAAGGACCACGGUAUGUCUCGGUUGACAAUCCACCUGCACCGUCAGAUAGCCAAGUCCAACUCCGCGUCUUGGCUGCUGGGGUUCACCAAGUAGUUCGCUCCCGCGCCUCAGGAGCCCACUACUCAGCCAGGGAGCUUCCUCACACCCUCGGUGUUGACUGUGUCGCCAGAGACGAGUCCACAGGCAAGCUUUACUAUGUCUUUACCAUGCAGGGCGGCACGUUUGCGGAGCGUAUCAACGUCGAUAAGACCAGCGUUUACCCGCUGCCUGAUCAUGUCGAUCCGGUAUCAUUCGCCGCGAACCUCAAUCCCGCCAUGAGCAGUUGGAUGGCCAUCACUCAGCGUACUACCAACCUACCCAAGGACUUUACCGCCGUUAUCAUUGGUGCGACGAGUGCUAGUGGUCGCUUGGCCGUACACUCGGCUAAGGCGCUGGGGGCUGGCAAGGUCAUCGGCAUCGCGCGGAACAGCGCGACUUUAGCCGACGUUGACGGCCUCGAUGAUUAUAUCGUGCUCCAAGAUCCCGUAGCCGAAACUGACUUUUCCAAAGCCCACGACGUUGAUGUGAUUCUAGAUUACGUCUAUGGUGACGCGAUGAUACAUCUACUUACAUCGCUGAGCCGGGCCAAGCAGCCGGUACAGUACGUCCAAAUCGGGGGUCUUUCUCAGCAUACUCCCCAAAUCCCGUCCCGUCUCCUCCGGUCUUUCGACCUAACUAUCCGGGGAGCGGGAGCGGGUUCCUGGAGCAUACCGGCGCUAAUAAAGGAGCUGCACACAAUGGUUCCGACGGUGGCCAGUUGGAAGCUGACCCCCGCCUGGUCUGUGCAGCUCAAGGACAUCGAAGAGACUUGGAAUGACGCAUCGUUAAAGGCCAAGGGUAGAGUAGUUUAUGUGCCCUAGACCGUUGCUUGGUUUGAUAGGCUUUCCUGAUGGAGAAGCUUCUUGUAAGAACCCUCAAGAAAUCGAUCGUCUAUUUCCUACCGUCUGCGCCUCGUUGGAAUACAUUAUGCCUGUCUACGUAAGGGAUGAUGAUAAGAAAAGAAUUCGCACGUAGAUGAAAUAAUGUAGAUCAGUAAGCUCUCGGCGUCAGCAGAUCGUCGUGCCGAAACGCAAAUAUAUCAGGAUUCUAAUCUAUCACGUCACUCCUUAGUCCACGUUGACAUGUGGUUAUACA